UUCUCAACGUUCUCAGUAAGCCUAGUAUGGCCGGAGCGGCGGUCGGCACACAGUUUGGCGACUACGUUUCCGCUCUUCGUCCCUGGUCAUUUUCAACGUCUCUCGUUCCUGUCAUGUUGGGCACAGCGUUGGCAUAUCGCGCGACAGGAGUCAUCCACAUCCCUCUUCUCUUCUUAACGUCAAUAUCUGUAUUAACAGUACACGGUGCAGGAAACCUAGUCAAUACAUACUAUGACUAUAUGAAGGGAGUUGACAAGGCAGACAAUGUGGGGAUCUGGAACAGAGUGUUGGUGGACAGAAAGUUGAGUCCCCACCAGGUGGCAACUUUUGGUGGUGCAUUGUAUGCUGUUGGAACCAUCAUGUUUGCUAUGAUUGUUAGCCUAUCGUCGGCUCGGAUUGAUCGAUUGGCGUUGUUGUUUUUUGGAGGUUUGUCUGGAUCAUUUUUAUACACUGGAGGGAUCGGAUUGAAAUACUAUGCUGUCGGUGAUGUUGUUGUGCUAUUGACGUUUGGGCCUGUUUCGGUCUUGUUUGCGUAUACAGUUCAGACUGGUAGUUUAUCGGUCGCUCCUAUCUUUCUUGACAUACCUCUUGCUCUUCACGUUGAAGCGGUUCUUCAUGUCAAGCAUGCUCGAGAUGCUGCAUUUCAUCAAAAAGUUGGGCUUGUGACAUUACCUAAUGUUCUUGGUCGAACACUUUCCUAUUUCUAUUUCACAUUGCUCCUAUUCGUUCCCUAUUUCACUUUCAUUGCUUUCGGUAUCUAUUACUCAAGGUACUUUUGGAUACCGGCGGCUACUGUUCUUUACGCGUUUGAUCUUGAGAAAAAGUUCAGAUCUGAAGAUCUGACUGACAUGCCAGAGAAAACUGUCCGGCUUCACUUGCCUGUAGCAUGCUUGUAUAUAGUUUGUUGCUUACUUGCAGGUCAAAUUCCAUUUGUAUGA